GUGAAGGCGGAGACCAGCCCAGCGCCGAGAACUCAGCCUCUUCUGGAUCCCGUUCAAGUCCGCUGAGCAAGCCCCAAAAGAGAGGUCCAAAAAAAAGUGAGACCCGAAGAGGAAGGAAGACAAGAAAAAAAGAGAGAGAGAGAGGGGGAGAGAAAAGAGCCGAGGUGCUCCUAACUUCUUUUCACCGCUAUCUGCCAAGAAUUGUCUUCCGGUGUUUGACUCUUUUUUUUUUUUUCACUGCAAGAGAAAAUACCCUGCAAAGCACAAAGUUGAACGUGAGAAUAUGUGAAGCCACCGGCUUGUGUGUUUCAACCCGGCUCCAGGACCCCACAGUAAUCCAUGCAGUACAGUGCAAUGGAUGAAUUUCAUCCCUUCAUCGAGGCACUUCUCCCUCACGUCCGUGCCAUCGCCUACACGUGGUUCAACCUCCAGGCCAGAAAGCGCAAGUACUUCAAGAAGCACGAGAAGCGGAUGUCCAAGGACGAGGAGCGUGCGGUGAAGGACGAGCUCCUGGGCGAGAAGGCCGAGGUAAAGCAGAAGUGGGCGUCCAGGCUGCUGGCCAAGCUGCGUAAGGACAUUCGGCAGGAGUACCGGGAGGACUUUGUCCUCAGUGUGACGGGCAAGAAGCACCCGUGUUGCGUGCUGUCCAACCCGGACCAGAAGGGCAAGAUCCGCCGGAUUGACUGUUUGCGGCAAGCCGACAAAGUAUGGCGCCUGGACCUGGUGAUGGUCAUCCUCUUCAAAGGCAUCCCUCUGGAAAGUACAGACGGCGAGCGCCUAGUCAAGUCUCUACAUUGCACCAACCCAGCACUUUGUGUCCAGCCACACCACAUAACAGUAUCGGUCAAGGAGCUGGACUUGUUUCUAGCAUACUAUGUCCAGGACCAAGACUCACAGCAGUCAGGAAGUCCCAGUAACAAUGAGCCAGGCAAGAACCCUGUUCCAGUCUACUUGGAAGACAGCUUCAUCAAAUCAGGAGUCUUCAGUGUUUCAGAACUGGUGCGAGUGUCCAGAAUGCCCAUCACCCACGGUGCGGCGGUCAACUUCUCCAUGGCCGACAUGCCCAGCCAACCCUACUACCACGACCUGAACUCCAGCGUGGGGCUGCACCGCUCCCUGUCCUCCCCUCCCGGCAGCAAAAGGCCCAAAACCGUCAACAUGGAGGAGAACAUGGACACGAGCCCGACGGGACCUGACUUCUACUCGUCACCCAGCUCGCCGGCCAGCAGUCGGGCAAACUGGCACGACAGAGAUGGAGCAGACAUGUCCUCUCCCACCAUGAAGAAGCCGGAGAAGACGCUGUUCAGUCCGACCUCUCCGCAGGACUCCUCACCACGACUCAGCACUUUCUCUCAGUCUCAUCACCCAGGCCUAACAGGUGUAGGACACAGUGUUAUAUCGACGAGGAGCCCCCCUCCACACUCGCCCCUGCAGUUCCCGGCCUCGGCGAUCCUGCCCCCGGCGCCGUCACCCUACUUCUCGCACACCACCAUCCGCUACCCGCCCCACCUCAACCCUGCCGAUACCCUCAAGAGCUACGUGCCGUCAUACGACCCGUCCAGCCCACAGAGCAGCCAGCCGAACAGCAGUGGUCAGGGAAAGGUUCCAGGCCACUUCACCCCGGUCCUGGCUCCCUCCCCACAUCACAGCGCCGUGCGACCUGUCUCGCUCUCCAUGCCGGACACCAAGCCCAUCAGCACAUCCACAGAAGGCUACUCAUCCCCCGGCCCCCCGUCGGCUAAUCGUUUCGUAGGCCUGAGCUCCAGAGAUCCCACCUUCCUCCACCAGCAACAGCUGAGGAAGUGUGACUGGAGCGUGACUCAAAACGGCAGGCAUUAUGGCCCCAGUGCCACUGACGACACUUUGGGGAUUGCUUGGCAAAGUCCUGGUACCUGGGCGAGCUUAGUUCCAUUCCAAGUGUCGAACGGGACUCCGAUUCUGCCGACAAAUGUCCACCAGAACUACAGCAUAAACAUCAUUGGUGAGCCCCUGGUCCCCGCCGAGACAGGGAACUGAAACACACACACACACACACGAGAGGCCAGAUGACACACCCCCCCCCGUGGGCGAACGGGCAGGUUGGGGGGGGGGGGUGUCGGUGGUGCAGAGCUCGCACUACAGGUGUACGCAGCCCAUGGACGAAACCAGCAAAGCAGCACGAGCUGCGCAACCUCGA